GGAACAUCUUGGCGGCCGGGGAUUUUGUUGCCGACACAAUCCUGAUUCCUGAAGGAACUUCGGCAGCGGCGUAUUGUCAAUAGUUACCCGAGGGCCAUCAUUCGGGCCGCGUCAAGCCUUAUCAGCGCCAUCACCAACGUCAAAUGUUCACCCUUCUGCCUCUUGUUUCUAUCUCCUUCUCAGAUGUACUGCGCCAAUGAACUUGCGUUUGACUGGCAACGUAUAAAUUGUGUGUUCGACAAUAUUAAUUUCUAAUCAUAUUUGCUUUUCCUCUUUUUUUACCCACGUAUUCAAUCGCAUUUGAUAAAGGGUCGGUCUGCGACAAUAACUAAAACCUAGUCGAGGGUUUCCAAUUCCGUCCUGUAUCCUUCGUGCGAAAAUCCAAUAUGAAUCCAUUCACUGUGCGACACGCUUUUCGCAGACUCCAUGCAGCAAACCACUUUGUUUCAAAUAAUAUCCCGCGACGAUACGCGCACUCUACUGCUACAUUCAAUUGGCAAGACCCGCUCGGCACGACAAAUUUAUAUACUGAAGACGAACUAGCUAUCCAAGACACUGCGAGGCAAUAUUGUCAGGAGAGGCUGGCACCCAGGAUCCUAGAGGCAUACCGAAAUGAAAACUAUGACAAAGAAAUCAUCCGGGAGAUGGGCGAGCUCGGUCUCCUCGGAGCCACUAUCGACGGAUAUGGGUGUGCUGGUGUCAGCACCGUGGCCUCCGGCCUUAUUACAAAGGAAGUCGAAAGGGUAGACUCCGGCUACCGAUCCGGCAUGUCUGUCCAAAGCUCACUGAUCAUGACAGGCAUACACAAAUUUGGCACUCAGGCGCAGAAAGACAAAUACCUCCCUGAUCUUGCCAAGGGGAAGAAAUUGGGCUGCUUCGGAUUGACUGAGCCAAACCACGGCUCAGACCCGAGCUCGAUGGAGUCAGUCGCCAAACCGCAUCCGACCAAAAAGGGCUAUUACUCAAUUUCAGGUUCGAAGACAUGGAUCACAAACUCUCCGAUUUCCGACUAUUUCCUAGUUUGGGCCAAGCUCGAAACCACUGGCAAGAUCAAGGGCUUUAUCAUCGAGCGAGACCAGUGUCCACCUGGUACAUUAGAGACACCCGCGAUCAAAAAUAAGACCGCCCUCCGCGCGUCCAUCACUGGUAUGAUUCAAUUGGACUCCUGUCCUGUUCCUGAAGCCAACAUGUUCCCCGAUGUCGAAGGGCUCGUGGGGCCCUUUACGUGUCUGAAUAGCGCAAGGUUGGGAAUUGCGUUUGGGACCAUGGGUGCUCUGGAGGACUGCAUUGAUAGAGCACGCACGUAUGCUCUGGAACGCAAACAGUUUAAAGGAAACCCGCUAGCCAAGUACCAACUCGUGCAAAAGAAGCUUGCAGAUGCCGCAACGGAUGCGGCUUACGGCACUUUGGCGGCGGUUCAAGUUGCUAGGCUUAAUGACGAGGGAAAGUCUGUACCCGAGAUGAUUUCCAUAAUCAAGAGACAGAAUUGCGAUCGUGCGUUAGUGGGAGCAAGAACCCUGCAGGAAAUCUUUGGCGGUAAUGCCGCCAGUGACGAAUACCAUAUCGGCCGUCAUGUAGCAAACCUAUUCGUUACCCAAACAUAUGAAGGGCAGAGUGAUAUACACAGUUUAAUUAUUGGCCGUGCUAUGACUGGUGUUCAAGCGUUUGUUUGAAUAUUUUAGCGUUACUAGGCUGGGUUUUGGAUUACUUUUCCGUGUAUGCAUCUACAAAUUUUUAUCUCUGUGUAGCCUAGAAUAGAGGAAUUAUUUAACCGAUAUCAAUCAUCGCUUAUAAAUGAUCGCCAAAGCGAUAGUCUCUUUCUAUGGAAAUGCUAUCAAUAUCUCACCUGUUAACUAGGUCUAUUGGCGAUUGACCUCAAUCAAUGUUAGUGUAUGGUCAUAUCGUUUCUCAGUGGUCUCGUUAUUGAUACAAACUCACACCCGCAAUCCAUAGUCCUCCAGCUUGUCCCAAAAUUAACCCUUAAGACUGGGAUUUUUAUGCACAUGUGUCUCAUGUGUAGAUAGGCCUUGUAAGUACGUAUUUAUAAUCUCCAUGCAUCAAUCAUCUUUCAUGAGAAGCAUAACCGCGGCAAAAAUAUCUAGUAUGUAACAAUUCUACUCCCAAAUGGAGAUAUAUUGGCAA